AUGAAAGCAGCUAUUGGAAACGAUAACUUAGCAAGUCGCAGGUUUUUGCUGAGUCAACCUGUUAUAGAAAUAAAUUCCCUGACUAAUGACAAGAGAUCUUGUCUUCAUUUUCCAGAGCCUUGGUACAUUGACUAUCAGAUUCUUGAUCCUGAGUCUAGUCUUUAUGAUCUUCUGGAUGCAGGUUGUGAUAUCAAUAUUGUGAGCGAUGAUGGCAAAUUACCGAUUGAUAGCUAUGAAGACAAAGAAAUGUGCUUUGAAGUCAUGAAGAAUACUAACGGAAUAAUGGCUGGAUUUUCCUUGUUUGAUAUACUGCACAGAUCUUAUCACAAACUGGCGCUGAGGAUCGAGGAUGGAGAUGAAGAUAAGUUUGACGACAAAAUGGCGGCCAAGUUUCCUCUGUACGCAGGAAUGAUUAAGUAUCGCUUGGAAAAAGCUGGUCAACGAAGAAAAUUGUUCAAUCAAGUUGAAGAUAUUCUCUAUAAAGUUUUUUCUAGAUAUCUUCCUGCUACUUUUAUCCAUGAAAUGUUUUUUUAUUUUAGUAACUUUGAAUUGAGUAAAUUGGUGGAAAUUAAAAAAAAAAUAAAAGACUUGAAUAUUUUCCGUAACUUGUGCUACGAAGAAGUUCGUGAGAAAAUAAUGUCAAAAGAGCUAUCUGUUAACACAGUGGUAAAAAUUUCUGAGAAAGAUCGAAUUAAAACUCCUCAUUUAGAAUUCCUGCCGGACACCGCAGAAGAUUUCUGCCAAUACACUAUUCUUCACUUGGCAAUUUAUGUAGACGACAAUAAUCUCGUAGACUUUCUCUUGGAGAAUAAUGCUGACAUGAAGCUGGGAACAGAAAAUUUGGGACCGGUGAUUUUAUCAGCGAUAGGUUUGAGACGCUUAAAGUACGUGAAAAAAUUAGUGACAGCUGGUGCUGAUGUCAAUCAGAUUAUCUACGUAUAUCACACACAUGAGGUAAAUUAUGAUAGGUUUAAUAUUGAAAAUAAUUCGCCGCGAUUUUUUCACUCAGAGUAUACGCCUCUGGAAUUUGCUGUCCAGCUGAAGGCAAAUGAGAUUGCUAGAUUUCUCAUCAGCCAGGGCGCUGAUGUUCACGUAAGAAUUGGCAAUGACGAAGAGAAAAGCGACUCGCCAAUGGGUAUCGCUGCUUUUACAAAUAACGUAAAAAUGUUGAAAUUGCUGAUGAAACAUGGCGCUGAUAUUAAUGCUGGAGACGACAAUGGUUUGACUCCUCUGAUGAAAGCAACUAUUGACAACUAUACCUUAGAAAGUCGCAGAUUUUUGCUAAGUCAACCUUCUAUAGAAAUAGACUCUCUUACUAAUGACAAGCAAUCUUGUCUUCAUUUUCCAGGGAAUUGGUUCAUAGACGCUGACGCUGAUGAACCUGAGUCUAGUCUUCAAGAUCUUCUGGAUGCAGGUUGUGAUGUCAAUAUUGUAAGCGAUCAUGGCGAAUUGCCGAUUGAUAGCUAUGGAGAGAAAAAAAUGUGCCGUGAGGUUAUGAAGAAGCAUAUUGUUAAGCUGAUGGCGGCUGGCUUUUACGUCUGCGGUAGAAAUAAGAAAGUUGCUUCAGGAAGUAAAUUAAGAAAAUUUAGAGUUGAAUGUGAUACAGAAGUUGAAGCCAUGAAGAAUACUCAUGGAAUAAUGGCUGGAUUUUCCUUGUUUGAUAUACUUCACAGAUCUUAUCACAAACUGGCGCUGAGGAUCAAAAAUAGAGAUGAAAAUAAGUUUGACGACAAAAUGGCGGCCAAGUUUCCUCUGUACGCAGGAAUGAUUAAAUAUCGCUUGGAAAAAGCUGGUCAACGAAGAAAAUUAUUCCAUCAAGUUGAAAAUACUCUUUAUAAAAUUUUUUCUAGAUAUCUUCCUGCUACUUUUAUCCAUGAAAUAUUUUUUUAUUUUAGUAACUUGGAAUUGAGUAAAUUAGUGGAAAUUGUGUAA